AUGCCCGGAAGCGUCCGAGAGUGGCCCGCGUGGCCGGAAUACACCGACAAGGAUCCCCUUGAACCAAAAGAUCCCGACUUUCUUGACACUAAGAAGGCAAUCAUAUCCCAGUAUGGCGCCGAGGCGUUGAGAGAAAGCUGGGUUCGAGUCUGUGAACAGCUCAAGUCGGUCACGGAUGAGAUAGUCGACAAGGGUCGAAGCAUCAUUCCAGUCUUCGACGCCCAAAUGCUGCUCGACAAGGGUCUUACGGAAGCCGAAAGGGACGAGGUGAAGAGAGUCGGCACAUUUGUCAUUCGUGGGGUCGUUCCCAAAACCGAAAUAGUUCAACACUACGCAGAUCUUAAAAACUACGUCGCCGAAAAUAAGCAGAAGAUCCAGGGAUGGCCAAAAGAGACUCCCUCGAUGCUGAUGCUGUACGAUUCACCCACUCAGAACGCUAUAAGAUCGCACCCAAACCACCUUCAACUUCAACGCCUCCUCAACCAGCUUUGGCACGAUGAAAAUGGUGAAGAUACUUCGCCAGACCCUUUAGUGUACUAUGAUGGAGUACGAGAUAGACCUCCGCGACAAGAAUUCCUCGGACUCGGGCCGCACAUUGACGCCGGGAGCCUAGCUCGAUGGGCAGAUGCCGCAUAUAGAGAGGUGUACGGCAGCAUCUUUUCUGGAAAACUUGAGCUACACGAUCCAUACGACCUCAGCCUACGAAAAGUCGCGAACCAAGAGUUGUAUCCAGGCGUUGCUCAUUCAUCGGUCUUCCGCUCAUUUCAGGGGUGGACUGCCUUGACACGGACUGCCCCAAGCGAGGGAACACUGCUCGUCUACCCCAACGUGGCUACUGUCAUUGCAUACAUGGUGCUGAGACCGUUUUUCAGGCCUCCUGUCGACUCUGCGGAUAUGAUGGAUGCGACCAAGUGGACUCUCGAUGACUCCGGCUUUUUCCCUGGAACGUUCAAGACCCAGAGCCAGCGGCUUAGUCGCUCAUCGCAUCCACAUCUGAGACUAUCAGAGUGCCUAAUUCAUGUACCGAAGAUGGAGCCGGGCGACACUGUCUGGUGGCAUGCUGAUGUCUGCCAUGCAGUUGAUCCGGUGCACGAGGGAUCACAGAACGCAUCUGUCUUAUACAUUGCCGCAUGCCCCACGACUACAAACAACAAGACUUAUGUGAAGAGGCAAUUGUCCGAGACUCUUGCUGGAAGGCCACCGCCAGACCAGCAAGAAGGAAAUGACUUGGAUGAAAGGACACUCAGGGGAUACGUGGGACUGCAGGAUCUGAGUGCUGAGGCAAAGCGUGCGUUUGGUUUUGGGUUGUGA